AUGAAGGAAGCCUCUCGUUCUAGAGGGUGCCAGGUGCGGCUUCGAAUAGCGUCGCACCUGACAUGCACCCGGGUGUACCCCGAGCUUCAGUGGGUACAGCCGCAUGUGCUUUUCUCCGGUCGUCAGGCAGUUUCCCGCAAAGCCAAGGUAGUCAACAUUGCGAAGGCGUGGUCGCGAGCCCCCCACAGAAUAUAUGCUGCCUGCCGUCGGAGAAGCGUUGCCAAUCUAGUCUACUGCUGCGCCACCAAGGGACACCAAGAGCACUCCGAAGCACCACCGAGCGAUGACGCUUUGAGGGAAUAUGAAGCGGUGACCAGCACGCCGGAACACGACACCAACGAUGCCGUCCGCCGGGAGCUGGCGGAAAAUCGUUUCAAAGCUGUUCGUGAACGCGUUGCUACGUUAGAGCAGAAACUACAGCACGGCGAGGCCAUUCGCCGCGUUUUGCUAGCAGAGCAGCUGCUGAAAGCGCUACGAAAUCCGGAACUCUACGCAAAACUAGAAGCGGUGGGCCGCAGGCAUGCCGCUGAACAGGAAACGCCUUCCAGUGCCAGCUCGGAUUCCAAAGCAACCGCUUCUGCAGCUAUGAGCUCCGCUGUUGCUGGGGCAGCUGCUACGGAGCUUGAGCAACCAACAGAUGUCGAUGCUGGGCGCACUCCUUCUGUCGCAGCCUCUGACGAGAGGAUCAUGGCACUUGCCCGGAUCAUUCAGCAAACACAGGGCCUUCUCGAAGCACUGAGCCAGUGGAAACACUUGCCAGAUAGCGUUUUGGCGAAGGCGAAGGAGUUUCGCAAAGAGCUCGGACAAGUUCUCCUUGAGACUGACCUUGAAACGGUACUAACCACGGGAGGUUCCGUUUCGAGUGCUGGCACCCCAAGCUCUGAAACCAGUUCUCCUGCCGCGAGAGAUUUCUUCAACCGCGCAGUACGGGCGCUGCGAGGGCGCUCGAGCGGCAAGCCGGCCGUUACAGACGAAGAGCUGGAGAGUAUCCUCUCGGCCGCUGCACAAAUGCGACGGACAAGUGCGCUCAAGGCAGAGAUGGAUCGCAUCGUCACUGCCGAAGCCGCAGCUGCGAUGGUGGAGGCCCAACGAGCUCGCGACGAAAAGAGCGCUAAGAACACGGGCGCAACGUACACUCAAGCUUCAGCCCGUCAUGCGCAGCAUCUCCUAGAGCGCUGUCGUUUGAAGGGACACGAGCUCAGGAGCUGGCUGAAGCAUUUUGUUUCCGACACCUGGCAACGUCUGAAUGGUGUCCCGAGCCCGUCACAGGGUUCCAGUGAAAUGAGCGAGACUGCGAUUGCACCAGCCCCUGUCAUGCCGUUCCGCCAACGCCAAGCGCUGAUCUUUAAGCACACUCUGGAAGAUCUGAAACCUCUCGAACGAAAACUGCAGGAAUUGAGCAAAGAACGCGAAAUGCGUCUGCGACGCGAGGGCCCUCUCGGCAAGCUGAUCCAUAUUCGCGACCUGCGCGCACUAGACGACCAAGUGAACGCACUUCGUCGACAAAUCAGCGUCCGAGUUCUCGAGAGCGAGAUGGAACGCAUUUAUCUCUAUCUCGAUGCAGAGCUCGACGCCUCGACUUUGUUUUUCUCGCGGCCUAUCAACGACGAACAGGAGGAGAUGCUGCUCAUCGCCGAAUACGGGUUGCUGGCUCGGCGUCUAGCGGAAAUCCAAGUCCUCGUGGAUGUCGGUGAGGCGGUGCUCAUCGAAGACGACGAGCUUGCCGAUCUGGCCUCUGACAUCCAGUUUCUCAAGUCUCGCCUGGGCAUCGGAGAAGACGAUGCGUACAUGAACCUGGGCUCUGUGGUACUCGAUUGGUCGCGAAUUCGUCAGUAUCUGGCGGAGAUGUCCCAAAAAGCCAAGGAGGGUGGAGAAUUCUACUGGCGAGGCGUUCGCCUUCUCGGAGGUGACAUCAUGUACAGCCUUCGACUGAUUCAACGAGCAGCCGCAGGUUACACGUUAACACCGCGCGAAGUCCGCACCAUUAGGCGAACAGGUCGCGAUAUCUUGACACUGGUCCCGUUUGGCAUUUUAUUGGCACUGCCGCUGACUCCCGUCGGCCAUGUCAUGGUGUUCUCGUUCAUUCAGCGAUAUUUCCCGAGUUUCUUCCCGAGCACGUUCACGGAUAAGCGCCAGGAGCUCAUGAGACGUUACGAAAGCCUCAUGCAGCAAAUUUCGAGCCUCGAAAAAGACUCUGCAACCGAGGAGGCUGAGAAAGUCUCGCUAUUGGCUCGCGCUGCGCCCGAGGAGACACACCUCGCCAGUGACGAUGAUGAUAACGACAUCGACGCCGGCACCAGUUACGUCGACAACGAAAUCGACAUCGACAAGCGCAGUAGCGCGUUGGGAAACAGCGCUGGCGAACGUUUGGCAAGUCGCCGCUCGCGAGGCGUCGAGUUUCCGCGCAAGUGA